AUGCAAGAUGGAAGUACACAGAUUAUCCAAAAAGCUUAUCAAGAUAUUGUGCCAAUCGAGUCUAUAAAAAUUAAAAGCUUUACGCCUAGUUUGAUUAAUAAGCCAUGUUUAUUGACUCCUCCGCCAUUACCGCCAAAGCCUUUUGCAUUAAUGGGCGAUCUCUCAAAAUACUUUUGUAAACAUAGU